AUGGGGGCAACUUUGGGAAGCCUAUGCAGUUCAACGGGUGUUUUACUCUCGUCGCCAGGGCCUUUCGCGCCCUGGUGUGUGCAACAGAGCCAGAGAAGGGAAAGCCACGAGCGAGCAAACCAGCACUACAAAGUCCGGAGUUCGGGGAAUGAGGCAGCUCAACACAAGGGCGGAGACUAUGCUUCUCAUAGUUCGUCCACUCUAACCAACGAGAGCAUGUCAGGAGUUACCGGUGGAAUGCCUGGACAUGUACGUGGGAGAACUAAAGAACCACGAGGGCAGCAACAGUGGGAGAAGACCGUUGCUAGAGGCGCAAGAACGCGAGCACGCGGGACGAAGGCGGCUCCGGCUGAAGAAUUAGAGGAAGAGCGUUGCAAACAGAGGAAUCCUGAAAACCAGGAGGCAGGACGAUGGAGUCACAGACCGCCGGGGAAUGGAACCUGCGCUGGGCUAGACCUGCUUCCCGAGAUGGAUUUCCGUCACGAGGGCGAGCAAGCAAGGAUGGCGACUAAUGUGCCGUCGUACUUUGUCAAAGAUAUGUUGGAGACGAGGAGAAUGAAGAAGACCGCCAUCGUCGAGAUCCGUCCUCCUCACAAAUUCUCCUCGGGUCAGCGCACCUGCAAACACUAA